GUAAAUAAAACCAGUUUGACAUUUAUUAUUGCAACCCAGUUCAUUUUUCUGCAGCUUUUACAAAUGACAGCAGCAACAGAUUGUUCAUGGCGCUGUCCAUCUUUGAUCCUCAGCAGAGAAACAGCACGUUUCUGUCUGCUUUGUGCGCUCUUUGUUCUCUACAUGCUGGCUGGUGCUGCUGUGUUUUCUUCCUUGGAGCGGCCCGCAGAGCUGAAGGCUCACCGGCUCUGGAAAAUGAGAAUGAGGACCUUUAGUAAGGAGAAUAAUAUUAGUCAGGAGGAGCUGAGAUCUCUGUUGCAUCACUAUGACGAGGCCAGAGCUGCAGGCGUGCACUCAGAGAGAGGCAGAGCUCUGUGGGAUUUUCCUGGAGCAUUCUACUUUGUGGGAACUGUGGUCUCCACUAUCGGUUUCGGAGUAACGGCACCGUCCACCYGAGCAGGGAGGGCUCUGCUUGUGUUCUACGGGUUGUUGGGCUGCUCGGCUUCAAUGCUCUUCAUCAAUCUCUUCCUGGAGAGGCUCCUAACAGCCAUCAGCCUCUUUAUGUUCUGGUGCCACACAAGAAGCGGUGGACAAACUGACCUAGAAGAUGGAACCAGCGAAGACAACACAAGUGAUGACUGGAGACCAUCCGUUUACCAAAUCACACUCCUUCUUCUUCUGGUGGUUGUGGUGGUUGCGUGCGGCGCUGCAUCCCUGUACUCUGCCAUGGAGGGGUGGACUUACCUGGAGUCGCUCUAUUUCUGCUUUGUAGCGUUCAGCACAGUGGGUUUUGGGGACUUUGUGAGCAGUCAGAAGAAGCACCACGAGGACAUCCAGGUCUAUCAGAUGUCCAACUGUCUCCUGAUGCUGCUGGGAGUCUGCUGCACGUACUCUCUGUUUAACGCCAUCUCCGUGAUCAUCAAGAAGGGGCUUAACUGGACCCUGAGCGCUGUGAAUUGUAUCGCACUCAAGAGGAUCCAAACCAGAACUUUAUUUGAACCCUGUCUUUCUGAUUCUGAACCACAAAUACGUUUCUGGGAAAUGGACUUUUUGAAGGAACAGAUGCUGGGAACAGCUGCUACUUCAAACCAAAACCCACCAGACUGCUGCUGAAGUACUGUCUGCAAAACAAGAACAAGACAAUUAUUUAACCACUGAAACCACUGCCUAAUUGGUUGAAGUAAGACAUUUCUGAAGUUACCAUCAAAG